CCUGCGUCCUCCGCCUCCGAGCCGCUCUCCUCAUUUCCAGUCUGUGCCAAACUCCCUCCUCCUCCCUCCGCCUCUCCGCCUGCCAGAAGCCGCUCUCAGGCCGCGGAGGGGAGCGUUCACACCCCGCUGUCGGCGCUUAGCGGAUGGGGCUGCCAGUCUCCGCUUGAACCGGAGGGAGGGAGGAGGAUGAACGGUAACCCGUGUGCCCGCAGGCUGGCCCGGCGCUCCCGGUCCGCCCUGCUGGUCGCCGCUCUGGCCGUCCUGCUGCUCCAGACCCUCAUCGUGUGGAACUUCAGCAGCCUGGACUCCGGGGACGGAGGCUCCAGGAGCCGGGAGAAGAGAGACGAGCGGACCGGGGGGCUCAACAAAGCCGACGGGGAGCACCGGAGGAGGGGGCUGCAGACGAAGGGCGACCCGCCGCCGCUGCUCGGGAAGGCGGCCGCUCGGCACAAGCUGCAGGCGGACGUCUACCGCUCCCACCGGCCCAAAGAGAAACUUCGCCUGGACAGCAACAACAACGAGAACUCUGUCCCCAAAGACUUCGACACCAUCGACAGCAACAGCAACCUGGGAGCUCAGUCGCAGAAUCAGCCGAUUGGAAACAGCAAACGCAAGCUGGAGAAGGUCCAAGCUCAGAGCGUUCUGGCGAAAUCUGACGUCCUCAAGUUUCCUCCCGUCCAGCCCAGAGUGACCAUCCACAACCGCACCCACGUCCGUAAGGCCCACCCCCAGCUGCCCACAGCCCCGGCGCCGGCCCCGGGCUCCAACCAGGAGCCACCCUCCUACCAGAGCAGGAAGCCGGCGUCUCCGUCACUGCCGCCUGGCCCGGAGGCCAAGAAGGAGCAGCCGCAGUGCGAGAUCAGCGGCAAAGAAGCCAUCUCAGCCCUGUCCAGAGCCAAGAGCCGCGAGUGUCGGCAGCAGAUCGUGGAGGUGUACUGCAAGCACAAAGAGAAGAAGCUGAUGCCGGAGAAAGUGCCUCGAUACUGUCCUAUCGAAGGUAAAGCUAACGUCAACGUUCAGUGGGACGAAGACGCCUCGGACGCCGCCACGCCUGUACGAAUCGCCUUCGUCCUGGUCGUCCACGGUCGAGCUUCACGCCAGUUCCAGCGCCUCUUCAAAGCCAUCUACCACACCUCGCACUACUACUACAUCCACGUAGACCAGAGGUCCAACUACCUCCACAGAGAGGUUCUGUCUCUGGCCGGCCGGUACCAGAAUGUCCGGGUCACUCCCUGGAGGAUGUCCACCAUCUGGGGCGGGGCCAGCCUGCUGACCAUGUAUCUGCGCAGCAUGGACGACCUCCUCAACAUGGCCGACUGGUCCUGGGACUUCUUCAUCAACCUGAGUGCUGCUGACUACCCCAUCAGGACCAAUGACCAGCUGGUGUCUUUCCUGUCCAAGUACCGCAACAUGAACUUCAUCAAAUCCCACGGCAGAGACAACGCACGUUUCAUCCGUAAACAGGGUCUGGACCGACUCUUCUAUGAGUGCGACACUCACAUGUGGCGUCUCGGUGACCGCAAGAUCCCCGAAGGCAUCGCCGUAGACGGAGGCUCCGAUUGGUUCCUGCUUAACCGGCCCUUUGUGGAUUACGUGGUCAACUCAAGAGAUGAGCUGGUCGGCAGCAUGAAGCGAUUCUAUGCCUACACACUGCUGCCCGCCGAGUCGUUCUUCCACACGGUCCUGGAGAACAGCGCCCACUGUGGGACCAUGGUGGACAACAACCUGAGGCUCACCAACUGGAACCGCAAACUGGGCUGUAAGUGCCAGUACAAACACAUCGUGGACUGGUGUGGCUGCUCGCCCAACGACUUCAAGCCAUCGGACCUGCCGCGGUUCCAGCAGGCCUCCAGACCAACCUUCUUCGCCCGUAAGUUUGAGGCCAGCGUCAGCCAGGAGAUCAUCAGCCAGCUGGAUGCCUACCUGUUCGGAUCGUUGGCCUCGGGAACGCCGGGCCUCCAGGCCUACUGGGAGAACAUCUACGAGGAGGAGACGGACGGACCGGCCAGCCUAUCAGACGCCACGCUCAGCCACUACCACGCCUUUGCCCGGAUGGGACUGUCCAGGGCCGCCAGCUCUCUGCAGGGACACCCCAAAGACAACAGCUGCAGAUACGCAGCCAUGAGCCACCCAGUGUCGGUGCACCUCUACUUCCUGUCGGACCAGUUCCAGGGCUACCUGGUGCGUCACGUGGCCACCAACCGAGCCUCCACCCAGCUGGAGAGUCUGGAGACCUGGGUGGCCCCCAAAGACCACUUCAGCCUGGCUAGCCCCGCCCACAGCACCAACCGGCUGCUGCACAUCCAGGUGGGUUCUGACUGGGAUCCGAAGGAGCGUCUGUUCAGGAACUGGGGAGGCCUGCUGGGUCCGGAGGAUGAGCCGGUGGCCGUCCAGCGCUGGAGCCGCAGCCAGAGCAACCUGACGGCUACCGUGGUCUGGAUCGACCCCACCAACGUCAUCGCCGCCACCUACGACAUCCUGGUGGACGCCACCGCUGAGGUCACGCACUACCGGCCGCCGCUCACCUCCCCGCUGAGGCCCGGCGUCUGGACGCUGAGGGUCCUGCACCACUGGAGCCCGCUGGGUCAGACCAGCUUCAUCGUGGCCCCGCUGGAGUUUCACCGGCAACAACCGAUACAAGAAGAGGCGGCCCGGCGGCUGCACGGCGGUCCGGCCCGGAACUCCUACAUGGAGCAGAGCUUCCACGGCCUGAACCCGGUGCUGCGGCUGCCGGUGAGCCUCGGCGCCGUGGAGGAGGCCGAGGCCAACGCCGGCCUGACGGGGGCGCCGCUGCGCCGCUGGCUGGACGGCCUGCUGGAGGCCCACUGGUCGGCCUCGGACGUCUGCUCCUCGGGGCCCAGCGCCUGCCCCGUCAUGCAGCGCUGCCGCCUCACCGCCUGGAGCUCCGCCAGCCCCGACCCAAAGUCUGAACUGAGCGCGCCCAGAGACGACGGACGGAUCAGGUAGCAGGCAGCCGGACUGAGGGAGGACGGGCGCAACAAAUGAAGGAAAGUCCAUAUUUAUUUAUUUAACGUUUGUGGGAAAACGACGGAAAACUGUCUCCUUCAGUCUGAUCUCACUUUAAUUUGGGACUCUGGAGCUUUGAAUGAAUGAACGAAUGAAUGAGUGAAUGAAUGAAUGAGUUAAUGAGUGAUGGAGGAGCGUCAGAAGAACUCUUUACCUCUAGGUGUCUCCUGGUUAGUUUGCUUUACAUGUUUACACAAAAACAGACGUGGACGUUUGAUUUUAGGCUCAUUAUUUAGAAAGAAAAACAACAAACACCUUAAAUCUGGAGCUUUAAUUCAAGAGUUAAAUCUUGUUUUUAAUUGUCAUUUAUUUUCAUUAUUAUUGUCAUUGUCAAGUUUUCAUAGAUUUUUUAAAAAGUGUCACCAAUCAGCAGGUGGUUAUAAAACUAAUAAUAAGCAGCGUUUUAGUCAAAUUAGCAGUAAGUGUAAUAAAGAUCUGUAUAAAUCACAGAAGUAUCAGAAAUGUGCAAAUGAAUCCCCUGAAAAUGUGCAAGAGGACAAUAACAAUCCUGUUUAAAAUGUUAUUGAAUUUCUGGCGGCUGUCAUUCUGAAUUGUUUUCAACAAAAUUCACAAUAAUAUCUAAUGUUAUGAAAGAUUAAAAAAUGUUUCCAGAUUCAAAUCUUAUAUUUCCAAUUCCCUAAUUUAAACAGCACAUUUAAAAGUGUUUUAAAUGGAGGAAUUAGAUCAACAAUUUAUUCACCAACUCCUCACAUUUACUAUACAAAUUUACCCAACUAAUUUAAACAUUAAUGUUAAAACCUACAGCAUUAUAAAUACGUUAUAGAUUAACGUUAAUACUUUGCUAAAUUAGACAGAAAAAACUAAGAAUCUAAAGUCAAUCAGUCAAGUUAAGAUUGCAGAAUUUAGGUUAAAGAUUCAGAUCAGUUAGCGAUGUCUGAAGUAAUCAUCCAGCCAAUCAAGGUGAGCUCCUUUGGUCAUGUGACGCCCAAACCAACCAAUCAGUGUCAUCGAGGUCACAGCAGAGGAAGCUGAAUCUGCAGGUUUAUUCCGAAUUUUCAACUUAAAAUUUGGUUCCUGAAAGUGGUUGAGGAAGAUUUUAAUUUUAAAACUUAUCUAUAAAGACUGAAAAAUAAAAAAGAAAGUUAUUUAUACCAAUUGGAGCCAAUAAAAAGUGCUAAAAAAUUACAUUUCAAAACAUAAUCAAACACAUUCGGUUCCACAGAACGCUGAUUUCAAAAAAAUAUUUAGAAAAACUGACAUUACAUUAAGGUUGUUCUAACAUUCAAACACAACUGGAAUAGUUUUUUUAAAUUUCUACAAAAUCAGCCACUUUAACUUGAGAAAUCAAACUUAUUUUCUGCUCGUCUUUAGAAAAUAAAUUCACAUUUUAACAUUCUAGUGGAGAAAAAUCUCCAACAUGUUGUUUUCUUCAGAGAUAAUGAGCCUGAAACGUUCUGAGCCGCAGAUGUUUUCAUCCAGAGCCGGGAAGGAGUCAGCAGGAAAAAUCUGAUCAGUAACUAGUAAUAAAACACCCAUUUGUGGAAGAAACCUUUUUAUUUAAUUUGGUUAUUUAUUCCCUUAUUUUGCUGCUUUUAUUCUGGCAGCAUAAAGAUGAUUUUAACAGAUUUAUUCUUCCUAGACUUCAGUCCAAUCAUUGGAGAAUGCAUUUUCUGAUAUUUUAUUUAAUAAAUGUUUAAAAAAAAAAAAAAAAAAAAAUCAUUACAACUAAACGAAAAUUACAGUCUUAUACUGUUUUAUACUAAUAUAAAAUUGUGUUAUUAAUAUUUUCUGUUUUACGAAAAAGCAGCAGUUAAAAGCUGUAAAACUGUAUUUUUCUGACUUGAUAGAGUCAUUAUUCCUCAAAAAGAAAGAACUUUGUAUUUAGAUCAUCUUAGACAUCUCAGCUGAGCUAAUUAGCCUUUAGCAGGACUUUGUGUUAACUUUUCUCCCUUUAUUAUUCAACUUUACGUCAUUUUUACAGCAGUUUCUGAGACGUUGCAGCAUCAAAUUAAGUGUUUAUUUGUAGAAAAUACAACAAAAAUGAUCAUUAAUUAGCUUUAACUUAAAGUGAGACACUACAGGCAGAAAUAUAACAGUUUAGGUUCUUGUCAGUGUAGUGAUUUUGUGUUUUUUGCUCAGACUAGUAGAGAGAAAAUCCACAUUUAGAUGUUUAAUUUACUACAUUCAUGCAGGUUAAUAUAUAUUUAAAUGAUCUAAAUGGAAAUAAUUCACCUUUAGCAUCUCACUUUUACUAGAUUGUGUUUGUUUAGCUCUUUUUUUGUUGUUUUUCCUGACAAAUUUUAGUUUUUUUUCUCCUGAAAAUUACGCAUUUCUAAUAAAAUAAUAAAUGUAUUAAAAUGUUAAAACAAUUGAACACUUUAAUGCAGCGUCGACACAAAAAUCUGCUUUUUUCUUCUGCAUAUCGGCUUUUUUUCCAGACUAGUGGACAGAAAAUCCACAUUUAGGUGUUUAUUUUACUACAUUAAUAAUACCUCAUUUGCAUAUUUAAUGUGUCAUACAAAAAAACAAUUACCUUAACGAGAAAAUUUAAUUGUGAUAUCUACUAGAAAGCACUUCCUGUUUGCCUUUUUUGUCUUUUGUGACAAAUUAUAGUUCUUUUUAAAUCCCAAAAAUUGCAAGUUACAGUAAUAUACUUGUUAAAAAGCAUUAAACACAUUAAAAAGUCAGACUUUGGUUGUUUUUGUCCAUAAAAACCUUCAGCUUCUUUAACUUUAUUUUUCUUGAUGUUAAUCUUCAGUAAAAUAAGUGAAUAUUUCUUUGACUUCCUGUCGUUUACUCCGUUUCCCGGCUCUGGUCCAUGUUUUCUUUCUGUGCCAUGAUUGAAUCCUUCACACUUGAAGUGAGACGUUCGUUCUGCUGAAAGAGAUUCUCCUCGUUUUUCUUUUCUUCCUGUUUUACCUCCUUUAUCUGCUACAAACCGGCGUCCAGUAAUUUAUUCACAACUCACUAAACCUUUGUUCUUUUUCAGCCGUUUUUUUUUUCUGAAAGCUGAUUUAAAAUGUUUGAAUCUGUCAGUUUUAACAGCGAUGAACGGCCUCCUCCUCGUUAGUCAGGUUUAGUCUUUAAUUUAUUUUCCAUAUUUCUGACACCAUUAGCAGCAGCUGAGGUGUUAAAUUUUCCUUUUUAAUUGACUUUUGAUGCCAAAUAUAUAAUUAUGAUGCAGCUUAUCAGUGUUACAGUUCAACUACUCCCUUCAUAAUUAUGUGAAAAGCAAAUACAGAUUAUAUUCUUGACUUUUAAUUUUUUUGGGUCUCGAAAAAGCCAGAAAAUGGUCAAAAAUCAAAAUCAAAGCUGAAGAUGUCGUGCUUCAUCCAAAUAUAUUCAUAUAUUUAGGAGGAAAAAAACGGCAAAUAUUCACAUAUAGGAAGCUGAAAUCUGUAAAUUUGGAUAUUUUUUUUUUUGCAGCUCUACUGAGAGUUAACUUCUUUGAACCAGAUUUCUUUGGGUGUUUCAGCAGGAGGAGGCCGUUUAGACGCACCUUUAGGUUUGUGUCGUCUCACUGGGAUUGCACCAGUAAGGAUCAAAUCUGCCCCGAUUGGUUUUUAUGAAGAUUAAUCCACAACAAUUAGCUCUCAAAAAUGCAAAGAGAGGAACUUUGCUGAUGUUCUUAUAGGCAGAGGUUAAUUUAAUGUGAUCGGAAGAAUUCAGUUUUAGUGAGAAACACUGAAUAUAAAUAAAUUCUGAACAGCGGCUCAGUUCAAAAUCACCAUUAAAUGUUGACUUUUAACAUUUUACUGUGGUAUUUUCCAUUUUCUAGCAGUAUUUUGACGUAUUAAGACUUAACUGCUGAGAGUUAGAUGUUCGGGUUUAUGAAGCUACAGCUGCUUAGCUUAGCAUAGCCUAGCAUAAACACUGGAAACCACUAAUUCUCUGCGCUGCACGGAGCCAAACAACAAACAAACAGGGCAACAAAUAAUCUGGAAAAACAACUAAUUGUCAAUUUUUUAGCAACUAUUUAUAUAUUUAAUUAAUUUGUGACGUUUUGAGGUGAUUUCUGAAGGAUUUUCUCACAUCUGGAGCAAACUAUGCUAACAAACAUUAGCGUCGUUUAAUUUUCAGAUUAAAUCUCACCUAAAGAAGGGAAUAAUUCUACUUAUUAAGUAUAAUUACUGUAAUUAAAUUAAAAUGUAGCCCAACAUGUUUUAGCUUUAGUCACAGAAGUUUUACUUAAAAUCUAAAUAAUGCAGAAUAAUCUUCAUAAAUCACAAUUCUUGUUGGUGCAAUCCUGCGGAGGGCGAAACAUUUAAUUAAAAUAAAUUAAUUGAUUAAUUAAUGAUGCAUUAACUAAAAGCUGAAUAUAUUUUGUUACUGAAAAUGGACAAUUAAUAUAUUGAAUUUAUUUCUACAUUUCCACACAUCAGUUUUCAAUCCCGAUGUUUCUGUAUUUGUGCAUUUGUUUUUUUAAAUUUAUUUCUGUAUUUUGUUUUUCUGCAAGACUACAUUUAUUUAUUUAAUCAUUUAGGUGUAAUUAUGCUAAUUAGGCGGGCGGGGCUAAUCUCAGCCUAAAACAAGAUUGGCCAGCUGAAGAAGCAAUCGAUUCCUGUAAAAAUCUACAAAAACAGAAACUAAUAAACGUACAAAUACAGAAAUUAAAACUGAAACAAAGAAAAUGUUGAAAUAAAUAAAUACUAAAACAAACAAAUGCUGAAAUAAAUGUUGAAAUACUGAAAUAAAUAUAAAAAUAGACAAAGAAAUGUGGAAAUAACCUAAAAGAAACUGUUUAUCUGUGGAAAUGUAGAAGUAAAUUAGAGAUUUAAUUCAGUUGUCGUCUUUUAUUAUCAAAAUAUGUUUAUUUUCUGUGUUUAAUUAUUUAAUUUAACGUUUAUAUUUAUUAUUUUGGUCUCCAUACAUCCACACUCUUCUUUACUAGCAAAAAGCCUCACUAAUAUUUCAUCUUUUUUUAAACUAAAUUAUUCCAGGAUGUGAAGUUGCCAUAAGACGAUAUUAUUAUUAAUAUUAUUAUUAUUAUUAUUGGGACCAAAACUGGAGAGGUGAGAGUUUAUUUUCUAAUUUUAGGGUAAAACUGUAACAGUGGGCACUUAAAGGAUGCGAACAGAACGUGAUAUUUAUUCUAUAAUUUAUUAUCUUAAAUGGAUGUUCUGCUGUUAUUUGCCAAAUUUCAAACCUGAACUCAAAGUAAACAGACUUUUGAGCCGUUUUACAUUUGUUGUUUUUCAUACAACGAGUGACUUUUUUGUGUAAAUCAGUAUUUUGUAAAAAUACUAAAUAGACAAUGUGCUGUGAUGCUUUUUAAGAUGUUUCGAUGGCGUGAAGAUGUUCGAUCGUGGAGGAAAAUCCCAGCCGAGAGGUUUCAUUUCUCUUUGUUUCAUAUCCAGAUGUUUUAUUUGUCUGUUUGUUGUCUCUGCUGGGACUCGUGUCGUGCCUUACAGCUGUGACUCCUCAUUUAAUCCUCUGAAAGCAUCAGAAACCGUCUCUAAUGUUCAGAAACCAAAUUGUUGUGAAUGCCUUAUAAAUGACCUUUAGUGGUUUUGAAGUUUUUUUGGAAAUAAAACUGAAUCUCCCUUUAAA